AUGGCUGAUCGGGAGGUCCUGCUGGCUGCAGGCCUGCCUCUGGGUCUGCUGUCACUGCUGCUGCUGGUUUUACUGCUGUGCUGUUGGCGGAGGAGGAAGGAGGGACGGAGUCGGUACGAGGAGCUGCUCCCCGCCGUGCCUCCCAUCCCACAAUGCACUGCUCCAGUGAUCCUGGUGUCUCAAGGCUCCUGGACCAGACCCGGUGAAAUCCCCUUCACCUUACCGCCGGGCUUCACCGCCCGGGACCACGGAGGCCCGGAGGAGGAGGAGGAGGAGGAGGAGGUGAAGGCGGAGGCUCGGAGGGACGUCCUGGCUCACCGCGGCUCGCUCUCAGUCAGAAGCUGGUACCCGGUGGGGACGCUGCUGGCUGGCCUGUACCCGGCGCCCCCCCUGAACCUGGUGGUGGCCCCCCCGCCCGGCAUGGCCACUCGCCUCUGCUUCUCCGUGGAGUACCGACACGCCGGCGAGCAGCUCGCGGUCUCGCUGCUCCGCCUCGGCAACCUGCCCCCCCGUUUCCACGGCGACGGCACGCUGGCGGAGCUGCGGCUCCUCCCGGACGACCGGCGGCCCCGGCAGGCCAGGGCGCGCUGCACGGGGCCCGACCCGGAGUUCAACGACUGCUUCGUUUUCCAGGUGUCGGGAGUGUGUGUGUCCCAGAGCACGCUGAGUGUGUGUGUUCUGAGUGUGAAGGCCGACGGGAAGCGUCACGCCGUGGGCCGGGUGCUGUUUCCCCUGGAGGGGGAGCUGGGGCAGGCCGGCCGGGUGCUGUGGAGGGACCUGGAGACCGAGGAGGACGCACAGUGUUCGGAGCAGGGCGACGUGCAGCUCUCUCUCUGCUACAGCUCCUCCCUGCAGCGCCUCUCAGUCGUGGUUCUGAAGGUUCGAGGUCUGCAGCUCAGCUCAGACGCAGGCGUCUGCGUCCAGGCGAGCCUGCAGAUCCACGCUCAGGUGGUGAAGGUCAAGCGCAGCUGUGUCGUGACUGGAGAGGCCGAGCUGAGCCUAAACCACAAGAUGACCUUUAAGCUGCGACCUCGGCACCUGGACGAGGCGUGCCUGAGGCUGGAGCUGCUGCAGCUGGGCCAAAUCCACUCAGAGCCUCCCGUCCAGCUGGGUGAGUGUGUUCUGGGCCCCUUCAUGUAUGCUCGAGGGCUUCAGCUGCAGCACUGGAUGGACAUGGUCAACACGGCGCAGGAGCCGGUCACACUGUGGCACAAGCUGAGCCGCGCCACCUGA